GCCGCCAUUACAGCCUCCUUCUCCUCCUCUCCGACCGUCCCUUCCCUCAUCCUUCCUUGCUGACAGAAGAAGGCAGGCCUCUCUUCCUUCCCGGCAUCCUCCGCGCCAAGGAGGCCAUUCCAGGCCGGCUGUCGCUGCUGCUGCUGCUGCUGCUGCUGCUGCCGCCGCCGCCGCCACCUUCGCCAUGGCCGCCUAUAGCAAGUUCCUGACGGCUCGCUCCUCGGCCAUGGCUGGGGCCACCACCGCCGCCGCCUGCCUGGUCCUCUGCCUGCUCAGCAAACGGAGGAAGGCGGCUGCAGCCCUGAACCAAGGAAAGAAAAGUGAUAAAACGUUAUCCGGCAAUGAGAAAGAAGUCAAAAAAGAGCGAGCUGUAGUAGACAGAGUUUUUUUUGCAAGACUAUCUCAGAUCCUGAAAAUUAUGGUCCCCAGAACAUUUUGUAAAGAGACAGGUUAUUUGGUGCUUAUUGCCAUGAUGUUGAUACUUCGGACAUAUUGUGACAUUUGGAUGAUUCAUAAUGGAACAGUUAUUGAGAGUGCAAUCGUAAGCAGGGAUCUGUCGCUAUUCAAGAAAUUCUUUAUUAAAUUUGUAGUUUCCAUUCCACUGAUUUCCCUGGUGAAUAGCUUCUUGAAGUAUGGGCUAAAUGAGCUUAAGUUGUGCUUCCGUGUGCGACUGACCAAGUACCUUUAUGAUCAAUAUCUUCAGACUUACACUUACUACAAAAUGGGGAAUCUAGACAACAGGAUAGGAAAUCCUGAUCAGCUGCUUACGCAAGAUGUAGAAAAGUUUUGUAAUAGUGUGGUAGACCUAUAUUCAAACCUUAGCAAGCCAUUUUUGGAUAUUGUUCUAUAUAUCUUCAAGCUAACAAGUGCAAUAGGAGCCCAGGGUCCUGCUUCUAUGAUGGCCUACUUGAUUUUUUCAGGCUUUUUCCUUACCCGCUUAAGAAGACCCAUUGGUAAAAUGACUAUCACAGAGCAAAAAUAUGAAGGAGAGUAUAGAUUUGUCAAUUCGCGGCUCAUUACAAACAGUGAAGAAAUUGCUUUUUAUAAUGGAAAUCAAAGGGAAAAGCAGACAAUUCACAAAGCCUUCCGCAAACUGGUCGAGCACUUGCAUAAUUUCAUUUUGUUCCGGUUUACUAUGGGCUUUAUAGAUACCAUUGUUGCCAAAUAUCUUGCUACUGUAGUUGGCUAUCUGGUUGUUAGCCGUCCAUUCUUGAAUUUAGCUCAUCCACGCCAUCAGAACAGUACACAUGCAGAACUAUUGGAGGAUUACUACCAAAGUGGAAGAAUGUUGCUGAGAAUGUCUCAAGCUCUUGGCAGGAUAGUUCUAGCAGGUCGUGAGAUGACACGAUUGGCAGGUUUCACAGCUCGAAUUACAGAAUUAAUGCAAGUUCUGAAAGAAUUAAAUAGUGGCAAAUACCAACGGACCAUGCUAUCACAAGAGAAAGAUUCAGAUUUAGAGCAAGAUAUCCCACUGAUUCCUGGAGCUGGAAGAAUUGUCAUAGCAGAUAAUAUUAUCAAGUUUGACCAUGUCCCAUUGGCAACACCAAAUGGUGAUAUCUUGAUAAGAGAUCUCAACUUUGAGGUACAAUCUGGUGCAAAUGUUCUGAUUUGUGGGCCAAAUGGUUGUGGAAAGAGUUCACUCUUCCGUGUCCUUGGUGAGUUGUGGCCUCUGUUUGGUGGCUGUCUGACUAAACCUGAGAGAGGAAAGUUGUUUUAUGUUCCCCAGAGGCCAUAUAUGACUCUUGGAACUCUCAGAGACCAAGUAAUCUAUCCAGACACUGUAGAAGACCAGAGAAGAAAAGGGAUCUCUGACCAGGUGUUAAAGGAAUAUUUAGACAAUGUCCAAUUGGGUCAGAUCCUGGAACGUGAAGGAGGCUGGGAUAGUGUUCAGGACUGGAUGGAUGUUCUCAGUGGAGGAGAAAAACAGAGAAUGGCAAUGGCCAGACUGUUUUACCACAAACCCCAGUUCGCCAUUUUGGAUGAAUGUACUAGUGCCGUUAGCGUUGACGUGGAAGGCUAUAUCUACAGCCACUGUCGGAAAGUCGGUAUCACUCUUUUCACUGUAUCUCACAGAAAGUCCCUCUGGACACACCAUGAUUUUUAUCUUCACAUGGAUGGAAGAGGAAAUUAUGAAUUCAAGAAGAUCACUGAAGACACAGUAGAAUUUGGUUCUUAAAUCAACCCCCCCCCCCCAAAUCUACAGCCUCUUUCGGUAAUUGAUAACAGCCCAGAGCAUAGAAAGACAAAGCACACUAUAAUUUAACAAAGCUACUUGACUUACUCUUUUAAUUCAAUUACUAUGGGUAGGUUAAUAUGAUGUCCAAAAGAAGCUGUCAGUUCAUUUAUAUUUAUGUAGGAAAUGACUAAUUUGUGUAUAUGUUGGUUUAAUUAUUACUACAUACUAAGAAUAUCCUUAUUCUUGUGGUUUUUUUUUAAAAAAGAAAACCUGCCUAAAUUAAAUUGGGCUUAAAUCACUGUAACAUUGAUUCAUCCUGGGAUGUAAACAUGCUGAAGUCAAUUAAUUUGACUUCUGUUUGUCUUGCACUUAUUCUGGGGAAGAGCCUUUAUUAAUGUUAGGAUUGCUACCUCCUCUGGGCCAAGCACGGUAGACAUGAAAUUUCUGUAUCAUAUCCUGGUGUGGCAACUAUAUUCAAUAUCAUUAUUCUUUUCAGGGUGAUACAAGUCUCUUCUGUUAUAGCACUGCACCAAGGCAGUGAGCAUUUUCUUUCAUCCAAGGUUGUGGCAGGGCUCUGCCUGCAGCCAGGCUGGGUUUAGGAGACAAAAGAGUUCUAGGCCUAACAGCUGAAGAGGUGAAUUCAUACUGUUCUCUUUUCCACAGCUUCCCGCUGCUUUUUCAGUGGUAUCCUUCCAUUCCCCCCAUCAAGAUAAACAAAAAUAAAAUAGUGCAGGUUCCAUUUUGACCUUGAAGCCCAGCUUUAGGAGGACAGAUGCAGUGGAAUGUGGAAGAUGGGAAAGUUUAAAGAACAAAGAGAAAUACAUGUUCUCCAUUUCAGAAUGGAGAUAAUAGAAUUUAGAAAGUGUUGCCUCCAUUUGCUGGCUCUGGGAAACUGUGUACCCGACUUCUAAAUAAAAUGCCAUGAGUAGUCACAAUACAGUACAGAGAUUCAGAUUUCUCAAAGCCAGAAUUUUAAAAAAAUAUUGUAAAGUCUAACUCAUAACUGUUCAGAGCCUUUCAAAACUGAUUUUUUUAAAUAUUAUUUGUUUUGGAACUUGAGUGGUUUUUAUGUGCUUCCCAUGAAUGACUUCCAUAAAAAUUACUUAAUGCUUACCCACAUAUGAGCAUUAUCCCCGUGAGGUGGCUGCACAUUUGUAUCUGUUGGCAAUGACCAAAUAAAUAAAGCAAAGGAGUUUUAAAAUUAUUUCAAGUGGAAGCCAAUAUGGCUGACCCAUGAUGAUAUGGUAAUAUUGCCAAGAUUAGUCUCAUAGAUGGGACUGAGAACAAAGUGGUUGGCUAAUCUGGACAUAUACAAAGCUGCCAUAAUAAUACUUAAAAGCACUUCAGCACAGCAGAGCUCUGGGCACAUGGUUUUGCCCUUAUACUAUAGAAAUGCACUAUAUGAAGGCAUGCACUACAUAUGCAAAUAAAUGUGAUCAGUCUCUUUCUUUUGUUUUGGUGUAAAAUUGGUAUGCUUUCUCAGUUAUCAUUCAGUCAUGAAUUGUGCCCCCUUUUGACAAAAGGCUUGCUACGUAUCAAACCGCCAGGUGACAAAUUAAUUUGUUCUUGAAUUACUCACAAGAGAACAGUUAGAAGUGUUUUUAUAAGUGCCAUGAGUUUUAUACAAGUAAUCCACAGAGAGCCAUAACAGGAUUAAUUAACAGUAAUACUUAAAAGUGAUUUAACAUUGGACUUUUUGUUGUCCCUUCAUGUUUUUCAUACUUAAUGUGGCAAUCAGGUGCCCUUCUGCAUCUGUUGUUUUUUAAAAAAGCAAUUUCAAACAUUGAUUCUGGAAUUGCUUGAGUCAGCCAACAUACACUGCAGUGGGUUAAUACAUCAGGACUAUAUCAUAAAAUCAGAUAUUAAACAGCUAUCACAGAUAGUUUGGUUGGCAUAGUAAUUACAGAUUAUAGAUUGGUUGGCAACCUGAUUUCAGAUGUACAUGCAGUUGUUCUGUAAACCAGGUUUCUGCGUUACCAGUGAACAAUUUUUUUUAAUGUAAUCCUUUUCUUUGAGAUUAACUAUUCUGUAGUGGCUGUUCUAGAGAGGCUGGCUUUCUCAGACACAACUGUUCUUAAAAAUAGCCGUAAUUUUUUUAGAGUGGUAAAUGCUGCUUUUUAAAUAUUUGUAUUCUUUUUCAGAAAGGUCUGCACUAAAAUUGAUAGGCGCAGACUUGAGGUUUUUAAAAGAAUGUUGUAUUUUUGUCACUAACUGGAAAGCACCUGUUGUUUAUAUAGCAUCUUUUGCAGAAGCCCAGAUGUGUUGCAGUUCUGGUUAAUAAGAAUGAUGAGUAUGAACUCUGUUAAUUUUUGUCAAGUAGCACAGAUUAACUUCAGUAGCCAUUAGCCAAUGGAACUAAUCUGUUGACCACAGCAGUGGAUAAGAAGCCAAGAAGAACUUGGUGUUCAGAAAAUGCCUGGCCUUUAUAACAUCUCAUGUUCCCAUAGCCAUACUUUCAUUAAGAGUGUAUCAAAACACCUCCCCAGUGGAGGAAGCCUAUUUGAAGUGGAGCAGUGUUUAAGGGAAGUGACAUUUUUCCAAAUGUCAUGCAAAACAAUCCAGAAAUAUGGUGCAGCUGUGAAUUUGUACUAUGAUCUUGUAUGCUGAUUGCUAUUCUUAUGAAUGCUUAAACUGGAUGUUUUGGCAUGAUGGGAAAGUCAGCAAGAAUGGUUGAUCCUCAUGUUGCAUGAUUCAUCUUCAUGUUUGGCCUGGUGGUAUUUGGAACUCCACUGAUCACAGAUGGCUCCUACAUCAGUGGGAACUGAUUGCUGUCCUUUAAUAUUUUGUAGCUUUUAUGGCGCUUUGGGAGGAAAGGCGCUAUAUAAAUGUAUUUUUUUCUAUAUAUAUAAGUGCCUCUGGAAUAAUAAAUCUGAGAUAAACAGA